AGGAACUAACAAAUAUUUCAAAUGUAUUGAGUAUUUCGAAGACCCUGAAUACCCCAAAUACCUUAAGAAUUACAAGAAGUUCUACUAUCAAUAUAGGUUUAGAUAAACGGAUUGCUAAAGGAUUUGCUUCAAUAAUUAGUAAUAUUUAUGAUGUGCAGACUCAAAUGAUUGUGAUGAUUCAAGAUAUACAGAAAAAGAUCAAUGAAAUGUAUAUAGACUGGAAAGUUAUUAGAUUUGGUAGUCAUAUGGAAAAUGAUACUAAAUGGAUCGAU